CACUUGAAUACCCUUACACUUACCUUGUUUGAUUAAGUAGUUUAGCGAAUAAUAACUCUUCAUUUACUGAAAAUGGGAUUUCGUCGUGCAGUGGCCCUUGCAGUAGGGAUUUUUUUCUUUGCUUCUGGGUUACCAAAAGUUGUACCUUUGCAGCCAUUGCAUAACAAAAUGGUUUCUGAAUUCAAAGCAUUCAACAGGGUGUUCCCGCUCAAACAUUUUGGUGUUAAACUUGAAGCAGAUGUGUACCGCACUCUCAUAGGUGUUUUGGAAAUCGCAAUGGGCGUUUUGAUGGCUUUUGGACGGUCUGACGCUGCAUGGUUCAGUACAGUUGGUCUGCUCACAAUAAUGGUUGGCGCAGCAUAUACUUUGAUUGCCCUUGAAAAGCAACCGAUGGAAAUAGCCAUCCCAGUUGGUUUUGGAUGUGUCCUGUUCUGGCUCCUGUUUGGUGAUUGAUACUAAAAGACUGAUGGCGAUUACCAAUAAUUCUAAAAGUUGAUAUUUUUGAUUUAUUUUUUUUUAUGUUUAACAUUCCAAAAACAAAAUUUAAUUCAGGCUAUAUUAGCUUGUCAAUUUUGUAAAGAAUGAAUUAUAAUUGUUUUUUGACUUAACAUACAGUAGUUAAUUUUUAGUUGUGUUGUUUAAUUUUUUGCGUGAUUAAUAUGUAAUGAUUUUUUAAUCAUGAUUAUUUGGAAGCCUGCUAAGUUUUCUUGACCAUUCGGACCAUUCACGCACUAAUUGACCAUUCGGAUUGUGUGAAAAAAAUCAGCAAAUUUCUAGUGGUUGUGGUGGGAGGUGCUCAGCUCUUGGGUAACAAACUUCACACCACCUUAGAUAUUCCACUGACAACAGUUCAAAUUUAUGAAGGAAAAAAUAGGACAUUCAAUAUAAACUGCCUAACCUUUGACAUUACCCAUAAGUCACUGCACAUGUGAAACUAUCAAGACAACUUAUUGGUACUUACAGUGAUUAGGCCUACAUUAGGUUUGUACUAGUUUUGGUAUUCUUAUCAUUUCUGUAUUUGAUUGUUCCUUGAUAUAAUGUGUAUGAAAUUAAUUGAUUAUUUGCUAAAAGUGUUAUAAACUGGUAGUUGGAGGGUUAAUAGAAUAUUAGGCAAAGUGAAUUUUGAAUUCAUUUGGAGCUAAGCUCCAUUCUCAGGUGAUGGGUACUAACAGAUAUAUUGUUUUGAAAUCAUGAAUUUCAUAAAUUGCAUUAAAUCUGUUGAUUCAGUAUGUUGUAUACUGUAUUUACCAAAUAGAAUAUUUAUACAGUAGUGAUAGACAUAUUUCUAGAAAAAAAAUAACUACUGUAGUAAUAUUUUACAGUACUAAUUUGUCUAUGCAUUUUUUGACCACUGUAUUUAUUCAAAUACUGUACACAGGGAUUUUGGAGGGGGUGGGGGCCUUAUUCAGGCAGGGUAUAUUUUGGUGUAAAAUUAAUAAAUAUUGUGUAUGGGAUGGGUAUAAUAAACGUCCCCUCGACGUCACUGAAAAUGUAGAGCAGAGUACAGUAUGUACUGCAUUGUCAAAAAUGUUAUUGUGUUAAUGAGGAGAGGCAAAGCAGUCUCUUGACAUGAUAGCCUCCUGGAGGUGGUCUUAUUUAUAGCAUGGGUGAAGGCAAGGAAGAACCCAACGUACAAGCCCAAACCAGUCUAUGCCUGUCUGGCUGCGCAAUUGUCUAGAAAUCGUCUUCUCUGGGGCCCACUUGGUAUUUAAACUGAGAAUUCCCUUGUGAAACAGACUGUGAAAAUCCCCCCUUCACCCCAGCAGUACAUUAUUGUGAACACCACUGAUUAUUGUUGUACAAUGCUAAAUUGAAUACAGUACAACCAUUCUUCCUUUUAUAAUAAUUAUUUGAUGUUUAGUUAGACUAAACUGCAUAUUUGAAAUUACAUAUAUAAAUGCAGUACUGUAUAUACCUUUUACUAACUGAUAAAACUAGUAUUCAAUUGUAUAGCAAACAAUUGCUCUAUAGUCCACCUAAAAAAUGAAGCAUUGAGAUGUAAUUUAGAUUGUAAUGUCCAUGUGUGGUAAUUGUUUCAUUAACAUUAAAAAAACAAAUAUA